GAUGUCAGAUGAAAUGAAUCCAAGUAAUUUAAUUAAAAGCGAAGAGGAUAACGAAAAAAAUCAAAAACAAAAUUCCGCCACAAAAAAGCGUUUUUUCUUUAGCAAAGGCCAACGACUAUUACCUCCAAAUAAUCCAACUUCUGAACAUUUAGAAAAAACAAAUGAAGAAAUUGCUGGAAAAGAAGAAAAUUGUGCUCAUGAAAUUAUUAUAAAAGAUAUGUGUGGAAAUUGUGGAAAGGAUUUAAGAAUCAAGGGAGGAUAUUCUGGGGAGCGGACAGAGCCUGUUGGGGCAAAUAUUUCUAUGAUUCAUCACGUCCCCGAGCUUGUAGUUUCUAAUGAGGUUGCAAGUCAAUUGGGUGCCCGAGACCAUGAAAACAUUCUUCGUCAACGCAAAUUGAUUUUAUUGUUAGAUCUUGACCAAACAUUGGUUCACACUUCGAAUAGGCCUUUAAAGCCUUGUGAAGCAGCAUCGUCAACAAAUCUGUUUGGUUAUCAACUUUUUGGAAAUACUUUUUUUACAAAAAUAAGGCCUUAUACUCAUCAUUUUUUGGAACAUAUUAAUAAAUUGUAUGAAUUACAUAUUGUUACUUUUGGUCAACGUAUGUAUGCGCACAAAAUUGCUGAAUUGCUGGACCCAAAUAAAAUUUAUUUUGAUUAUAGAGUUUUGUCUAGAGAUGAAUUGUUGAGCAGUAUUCACAAAGCUGGAAAUUUAAAAGCUUUAUUUCCUUGUAGUGAACAAUUAGUUUUAAUGUUGGAUGAUAGACCGGAUGUUUGGAUGCAUUCUGAUGCUUUAAUCAGAUUAAAACCUUAUCGUUUCUUUUUGGAUGUUGGGGAUAUUAAUUAUCCUUUGGAAAAAGAAAAUAAAGAUUCUGAGGAAAAGAAAAAGAAUAUUAAUGAAAAAAGUGUUGAAAAGAAGGAAAUGGAGAAAAAGGAAAAAGAAGAGAAAGGAGAAGAAAGUUUAAAUCAAAAAGAUAUUCCACAAUCUGAAGAAUCUGGGGAAAAUAAAAAAUGUGAUGAAGACGGGACCAAAAAAUCUGAAUUAAAAAUUGAUUUACCUGAUGAAUUAAGUAAGCCAGUUACUCCUUUAUCUGAUAAUGAUAAUGCUUUGGUAUAUAUUGAACGUAUAUUGAAGGAGAUCCAUUCAAUAUUCUAUGAGCAAUAUGAUCGUGAAGGACAAACUCCAAACGUAAAACAUAUUGUCUCCUGGCUUCGUUCUCAAGUUCUGAAAGGUGAACGUAUAGUCUUUUCUGGUAUAGUCCCGCUUGGAAUUGAUAUUAAUUCUUGCGAAAUUUAUCAACUUUGUACACAAUUUGGAGCAAAAGUUGGAGAGAAAAUUGUUAAAGGAGAAACUACUGUUUUGGUUGCUGCUAAGGCUGGAACUGAAAAAAUUCGUCAAGCAAAACGUUUACGAAUUCCUGUAGUCAGUGUUCGUUGGUUAGAAGCUUGUUAUGAACGUUGGCAGAAACUUGAUAAAAGGGAUUUUUUAUUUUGUGAAGAAGAUUGUGCAGAAUUUGGCGGUUCUUUGCAUUCAAAAAAGCCACGUUUAAGUGAAACUUUAUGUUCAAGUACAGAAAUGGAUCACUUUUCACAAAUGGAUACUCUUGACAAAAAGGCAUUGCAGGAAAUGGAAAAUGAGGGGAUUUUUGUAAAAAAUAAAUUUGAAUUAAUUGAGGACUGGAUACUUUACCUUGCGUUCACUUUAACUUAUGGUAAUUACUGCAUAUGUCAGAUAUUUAUAAAAUCACUUAAACUUGGAUUGGUAGAUUGUGCUCUUUCUGAAGAUGAUGACGAUGAUAACGAGGCUUCCACUUCUUUCUAUACUCAAUUAAAAACAGAAAAAGAAGAUCAAGAAUUAUCUGUUUCUGACAAUGAUAACAACAACAAAUUUGUGGAUGAUAUACUUCCAAAUUUAAAUGAAGAAGAAGAUCCCCAAGAAUAUAGUAAAUGUCUUGAUGAAAGUGAAGUUCCGUUAAAUGAUGAGGAAGAAGAUGAACAGGAUUAUAUUGAUUAUGAAAAUGAACAUUUGGGGGAGAAGGAGUCAUCUUCUGAUGGGGGAAGUGAAGUGAAACAAGAAGGAAAAGAGGGGACAUCUAAUGAUGAUGAUGAAGAGGUGGGGGGACAAUUUGAAAAGGAGGCAUCUUAUGGUGAUAGUGAUGUGAGGCAAUUUGGAGAUUCUGAUACAAAUGAUUUAAAUGAAGAUUAUGAUGAAAUGGUGGCUGAUAUUGAACAGCAGUUGAACGAUAAUAAAUGA